GAUGUAAAUUGAUGAGGUCAUAGUGUUUUCCAGUUGCAGAAAAAAAAAAAAAAAGUUAAGGAAAAAAAGAAAGUCUUCAACUUGUUUUUCGAGAGAGACGAAAACACGGAGGAGCCGAAGAAAUGGAGCAACUUGUGAAACUCCUCCUGUGGCACAUUUUGCUUCAGCAAAGUUCUGUGUGUUCAUAUUCAGUGCCAGCUGAUGCCUCCAACCCCGAGAGCGUGGUGGUGUCCGUGCUGAACAUCAGUGCUGUGCUGGGCUCUCAGGCCGUGCUGCCCUGCAAGAGCCACCGCAUGGUGUGGACCCAGGACCGGCUCAACGACCGGCAGCGCGUCGUGCACUGGGACGUGCACAGCACCUACUACGGGGACAACAAGAUGGAGAGGCUCUGUGACAUGUACUCUGCUGGGGACCAGCGUGUCUACAGCUCCUACAACCGUGGCAGGAUCUUCAUGCCCGAGAACGCCUUUGUAGAGGGCAACUUCUCCCUGGUGAUCAAAGGUGUUGCAGAGAGUGAUGAAGGCAUAUACUCCUGUAAUCUUCACCAUCACUACUGCCACUUGUAUGAAACUGAGAAAAUCCAGCUCACCAUCACCAAGAAAGCCGAGGACGCCGGCGAGUUCUGGGACGGGGAGAAGCCGGUGGUGGUGGCCCUGCAGGGCAGCACGGUGACGCUGCCCUGCGUCAACCGCAACCACAUCUGGACGGAGCGGCACAGCGAGGAGGAGCAGCAGGUCGUGCACUGGGACCGGCAGCCCCCCGGGGUGCCCCACGACCGCGCCGACCGCCUCGUCGACCUGUACGCCUCCGGCGAGCGCCGCUCCUACGGGCCCCUCUUCGUGCGCCGCAAGAUGAACGUCACCGACGCCGCCUUCGCCCUGGGCGACUUCUCCCUGCGGAUCUCGGAGCUGGAGAGCGCCGACGAGGGCACCUACUCCUGCCACCUGCACCACCACUACUGCGGCCUGCACGAGCGCAGGAUCUACCGCGUGUCUGUGACCGAGCCCGUGGCCAGGGAGAGGAAGGUGGUGAACCUCACCACCCACAACGUCGCCCCGGCCGUAGACCCAAACAUUGUCAGGGGCCACAAUGUGAUAAAUGUCAUCAUCCCUGAGAGCAGGAUGCACUUCUUCCAGCAGCUGGGAUACAUCCUGGCAACCCUGCUGCUCUUCAUCGUCCUCCUCAUCAUCGUGGUGCUCGUCACCCGCAAGCGCCGGCAGAGAGGUUAUGAAUAUAACGUGAAGAAAUAUGGAGAGAAGGAUGUGAACUUGAAGGAAUUUACAGUGGACACAACAGAUCUGACCCCACACAAAAGUGAAGACAUCAGGCUGGAUUACAAAAACAACAUCCUGAAGGAGAAGGCUGAGCAAGCCAGAAGCUUCCCAGCAAAGAACAUUGAUUUAGACAAAGAUUUCAGGAAGGAAUAUUGUAAAUGAAGACAUUCCCAAGCUGCUGGCUGGACCAGAAGCUUCAACCAAAGAUAGAUAACAUGGAAGAGAGAUGACUUUUCUUAAUACCAUCUCCCUCCAGUUCCCAUAGAUUUUUUUUUCACAUAGACUUGAGGGUGUUUGCAAAUGCUUCUUGAAAGAGUUAGACUGUCUUGUGUGCAUUUAUGGGUUUGGGUUGCCUUUCCUCCUCGUCUCCCAAUCCUCCAUUCCCCUCUUCUUUUCUUGAUAUUAUUGUUGGUUUUAUGCAUCAAUGAUUUUUAUGAGCUGAAUCAGCAGACCUUUUGCUUUGAUGUAAUUGCUUUAAAUAAACCAACCUGCAUCAC